AUGCUUUUGAAAAAAUGUCGCGAUCUUUUUUUCUGCCUGAUGAAGUGGUUGUGCAUAAUCACGCCGGCAGUGCGUGGGUUAUAUUUCAUGGAAAUGUCUUUGAUAUAACCAGUUUGUUCGAAGAAAAUUCAAACUUAACACAUAAAAUCUAUCAGCUACUAUUGGCAUUUGCUGGUAAAAAUUUGAGCGUUUAUUUCAAGGACAGUAACACAGCCAGGUUCAGAAUAAGUAAGGAUGGGUUUAGGGUUCCCCUGUUCCUUCCAGUGAAAAUAAGAAACAAACAUACUGGCAAAUUAUGGUGGAGGGACCAAAGUUUACUGCUCGGAGAGAUAACAGCACAAGAGCGUAAAAUUCGGAUUUUAAACAAUAUAACCUUCAAAAUAGAUGAGCUAGUUGUGUGCGAAGAAGAUACCAUUGCAGAAAUUCAACGAAAGUUUCUUUGUUACAAUCAAAAUAACACUAACUACACUUGGAAAACCUGUCUCGAUUUGACCGAAACGGCAUCUGAUUUACGACUUGAUAAAACGUUGACAGAGAAUGGCAUCUUUUACGAUUGUUACCCACCAGCUCCCCUCAUAUGGAUAUUUUAUAAAAUUCCACAAGAAAGCGGCGACGCCGUGACCGAUGUAAGAUGUGAAGUAACAAAUUGAGGAAGUAUAUUUCAUGCAGGAAGUUGACUGCAAAACCUUAAUGCCGGUAGUAAUGACGCAGUAAAGAAAACAAAAACUCACCCUAGCGUGUGAAUGAGCGUGGAAUAUUGUAGAACUCAAAAACUCAGUAUAUAGAUGCAUGAAAAUUACUAUUUUUU